AGAAGAAGGAGUGCAAGCGCGAGCAUCGCCCGCCGUGCAGUCAGGAGCCUCCGCGUGACAUGGUGCAUCCCAACGUCAUCUGCGAUGGCUGUGAGGGACCCGUGGUGGGCACCAGGUUCAAGUGCAGUGUCUGCCCAGACUAUGACCUGUGCAGCACCUGUGAGGGUAAAGGCAUCCACAAGGAGCACAACAUGGUGAUGUUUCAAAGCCCACUGCUCAAUCCAUUCGAGUGGUUUCCCCGAGGACGCUGGCUCCGGAAAAUGCGGCAUGGUGUUCCACCCUUCCCAUGGAUGCACUGCUGGGGGUAUCCUGCGCCGGCAGCUCCGUGCCAGAACUCCGAGCAAGCCCAAGCCGCAUCUGCAGCCUCCAGUCCACCCCCUGCAGAAGGUAUUGAAGUUGAUAUCGAUGUGGAACACGGAGGACAGAGAAGCAAAGUGACUCCCACUCCUCCCAAUCAAGAGAAGAACAGUGCUGAGUCAAGCAGCAGUGCAAGCCAGAACAGUCAGACCAAACCAGACUGGAGUAACACAGACUCUGGUACAGAAGUAAAUGUUGUUGCAGAACAGAUACAAGACAUGGUGAUAGAUCCUGUGCCCACACAAAUGGAAGAUGGCAGCUUCCACUCCCAGGAACACAACGAGUCCAGUUCAUCAGGGGGUGAGGAGGACUGGACCCACUUGUCAUCCAAAGAAGUGGAUCCUUCUACAGGUGAAUUGCAGUCUCUGCAAAUGCCAGACACAGAUGGUCCCAGCUCCCUGGAUGUAUCUCAGGAUCCUCCCCAGCCAGGACCUACGGGGCUGAGAGAAGCUGCUCUCUACCCACACCUCCCACCAGAAGCAGACCCUCGCCUCAUCGAGUCGCUGUCCCAGAUGCUCUCCAUGGGCUUCUCUGAUGAGGGUGGAUGGCUCACUCGACUGCUGCAGACAAAGAACUGCGACAUCGGGGCAGCACUAGAUGCCAUCCAGUAUUCCAAGCAGCCACCUCACUUGUAGUAGUCUUUGCAAGAAAAAGCCCUUUUCUAACUGAAAGCAGACAAUGCAGCACAAGUCAUUCAAUGGUUCAUCUUCCUGCUGGCUAAGGGUUUCUGUCUCCUGUUCUUAAGUGCUUGUAGAAUGGAGGAAAAAUAAAUACUACUGCAUGU